AGAGGGGGCGCAUGUGCGGGGGAAAGUGAGGCAGGCGGGUGGCCGAUCGUAGCCCCGCAGAGACUUUGCAUCUCCAGACACAUUUGUGUGUGUGUCUUCUCCCUGUGUUCCUGAGGGUAGAGCAGAAAGAUCCUGUUCCCUGGGCCGGGCACACCAUGGCUCUGACCCCCAAGGGCUAUGCUACCCACAGCCUUCAGGCUGAGGAGAAAUUAAACAGCAAGAGAAAGGAGAAGGCCUGGCUGCCAGUCAUUGGGAUGAAGCUGGAAAUCAGCACCCCUUUCCUGGGUGUGCACCGCCCCUUCGUGGGACGUUGCUGCCAGAUCUGCACCCCUAGGAGCUGGGAAUCCCUUUUCCACAAGCAUCUUCUCUCCUUGGGCUUCCACAAUGCCAUCCGGGUGACGGAGGAGGACACCAGGUACAGGGGCUGGCUGGUUCGAAGGCUCUGCCACUUCCUGGCAAUAUCCAAUUGGAAAAUUCCUUCUAGCUCCCCUGGAGACUUCGAGAAGAAAAUCUGCCACAGCAAGAGGGUGCAGGAUGUCAUGUUGCAGCAGGUCCCCCAGGCAAGAGGGGACAGCCCCAUUCUCAGCCAGUCCCCAGCAGGCUGGAGGAGUGAGGUUCUUCAGGUCCUGAGUCAAGUUCAGGCUCCAAUCUCCCUGCUCCUGGUGAGGCUGUGCAGCUGGGCUCUGCUCAAAGUCCUGACCCGCUUGUUCCACAAUGUGCUGCUCCAUAAAGGGCAGGUAGAGAUGGUGCGCAAAGCAGCCCAAGUGCCUGAUGUCCCCCUGGUUUUUCUCUCGACUCACAAGUCCUGCCUGGAUGGGCUGCUGCUUCCCUUCCUCCUGUUCUCUCAAGGCCUCGGGGUGCCCAGAGUGACUUGGGAGUACCAAGCCUUUACCCCUCCCCUCAGGGCUCUGCUGAGCCAGCUGGGAGGGAUUUUCCUGCCACUGGAAGCGGAGCAUGUGGCAGACCGCAACCAGGGAGCACUCUCCAGGGCUGUCCUUACCUCAUACGCUGAGGAGCUGCUGAAGAGCCGACAGCACCUGCUGAUCUUCCUAGAGAAGCCCUUUUCCAGUGCCCCCCACCUCUCUGCCCCCGGCUGGGACUGGCUGGCACUGGUGCUGGGUGCUUUCCAGGCUGGAGCUGUUCCUGAUGUCCUGUUGGUGCCUGUAGGCAUUUCCUAUGACAUGGCCCCUGAUGUGUGUUUUGGGAGCCAAGCGAGCUCAGCCCGACCUCUCAGCUUCUGGUCCUGUCUCCUGCCCAUCUGCCGAGCCCUGGGCCAAGGAUUUGGCUGCGUCCGAGUGGAUUUUGCCCAGCCAUUCUCCUUGCAGGAGUAUGUCGCAAACAACUGCUCCAGACAGAGCUGCAUCAGGAAGUCCCUGGAGGAGCUGCUGCUGCCCGUGGUCUUUGGCAAGCGCACCAGCCUGAUGGACUGUGAGAAGUCAGAGGAGGGGCUCCUGGGCCUCAGAGCUGCUGUGGCACUGAAAGCAGAAGAACAGAUCCUGGUGGGCAGGCUUGGCCUACACUCCCUGACUGCUGGCGUGUCCUGCUCUGCUGUUACGGCUGUGGGGAUUAUGUCUGCCCUCCUGCUACACAAGCACCGCGAGGGCGUCUUCCUCUCCCGUCUCAUGUCAGACUUUGCAUGGCUGACGGAGGAGAUAUUGUUGCACCAGAGAGAUGUGGCCUUCUCGGGGCAGCUCCGGGCUCUGGUGCUGCACAGCUUGACUCUGCUCCGGGGCUGCGUCUCCCUGCACCAGCUCUCCCUAGGUGAUGUCUUGGUGGCACCCCAGGCCACGGAGCCAGCCAUGAGGCAGCUGAGCCUGCAUGGUGCUGCCCUGCUGCCCAUCUUCAUGGCUGAGGCUGUGGGGGCCUGUGCCAUCAAUGCCCUCCUUGUGGAGAUGCUGCCUUUCUUGGGGCCCACCGCCCUGCCGGCCGACAUCAUCCUGAGUCAACAGGAGCUGCAAGAGAAGACUCUGGUGCUGGUCCAGCUUCUGCCCCGGGACUUCCUCCUGCUCCAGCCCUGCCAGCCGGCCUUUUGUUACUGCCAGGACGUCCUGGACAAGCUGAUCCAGUGCGGGCUGCUGGUGGCCGAGGAGGCAUCCAGCGAGCGUCCAGCCUGUGACACCUCCCGCCGACGUUUCUCCGGGGAGCUGAUGUGGAAGGAGACGGGCGAGUUCAGUGAUGACAGCGACUACGAUGAGGACAGUGGCAAGCGCUGCUUCAAGAUAAGCCAGCUGGACAACUGCUUCGACUUCUUCCUCUUCCUCUGUAGCCUCCUGAGCCCUGUGCUAAGGACCUACGAGAGAGCUGCUGCCUUCCUUGCUGAGUCUUGCUGCCCCCAGCCAGAGCCAGCGUACACGGAGAAGCUGCAAGGGAUCCUGCUGAGGAAGGCAAGGGAAGACGGCUCCUUUGAGGGAGAAUCCGUGCCUCUCGGGGCAGCCUGGUUGGAUGCAAAACCACCCUCAGAUGAGGGCCCUGAAACAGGACACCAAACUCCAGAGUGUGUGAACAGGAGCAUGGCUGUGAGCUCCGUCCGGACCUUCAAGGAGCUAGGGGUGCUGCAGGAGCUGCCGACCCCAGCAGGGCCCAAGCUCUACCUCUCAGAAUCUUUCUCCCUCAGAGAGAACCAGGAGAGCCUGAAGAAGUUCAUCCAGCAGUUUAUAUAUUGCUAGGGCCAUGCCAGGAGGGCUGUCUCGGGCCUUGAGAAGUCAUAUCCCAUCCCAGAUCCCGUUGUGCCUCCCUCACCCAAUGGAAGCCAGACUGCCACAUUGCAAAGUUUGAAUAUUUGUCCUGUCUGCUUGGGGAAAUCCCCCUGUGAUGUGGUGGCUGGUGGCCAGCCCAGCCCAGCCAUGAUGGGGUUACGAGGGAGGGCACCAACUGGAGCAGGGGGAAAUCCUGGCAUUUGGCUGAAAUACUCAUGUCUAAUUUGAGAGGGGGAUAGAUCUGCUGACUGUACCUGGGUUGUGGGUUUGCUGAUAGCCUGUGGGGUCUUCCCCUGGAUGUUGAGGUUGGGGGCUGGAGGGUGGGCUUACCACUUCCAAAGUCUCUGGGCAUCUCCCUGGUGUCUUUUCCCCAUCAUGGCUGGAAAACACAGGUGAGGUCACAGAGCACUUGGCAUAUGGUUUCAGCUGAGAUGCAACAGGUGGGAGGUUCAUGUUGCUGUGUCACAAGGACUGAUGUUUCAAGCCUAGUUAAAAUAGUGUCACUGUAAAAGGAAUUAAUUAAAAGCCAAAGAAUCA